UGUUAUCCAGUCGUUCAGGCACAGCUCUUGAGUCACCAUGCAGAAAGACCUGGUGUCAGGAUCCAAGUGGGGGCUGUGUAAGAAACUAGUAAGAAAACAGAAAAAAACAGAUGGCAGCAAACUGGACAGUCGAAAAUGUUUCCAGGCCGCAGUGAGGAAGGUGGCUCUUAUCUGCUCCGUCACUCGCACCCUCGCCUCUAGUGCCGCACAGUCUCUCGGGUUCUCAUACUGGGCUGACCGCGGAUCACACAGCCAUCUCAGCAGCACAGAAAAGAGGUCAGGAGAGGCAGUGUCCCAAGACUCCACACCCACCUUCGACUCCAGCUGCUUCAAAAGCCAGCAUGAGUUCCGGUUUCCUGCCCGUGCAAUGGCGGUUGCUCUGUGCCCCCCACAGUGUCGCUCAGAGGCAGAGCUUAUGUUCCUGCGCAGCACUCUGAGGGUGAUCCCCAGCUUCCGCCGAUACUCCCAGCACAUGCAGCUCAUGCUGGCGAGGGUGGUGCGCUACGAGAGGUUUGGCCGGCGCAGGGUGGUGGUGCGGAAGGGGCACCGCGGGAGCAGCUUCUACUUCGUGUUCUCGGGACAGAUCGCCGUCACACAGGACCAGGAUGGCAGCAGCGCCUUCAUUGAUCCCGAGCCCAUUUUCAUGAUGAAGGGGGCCAGCUUCGGGGAGGUGGCUCUGCUGAAGGACUUGCGCAGGAACGCCACCAUCGUGUGCAUGGAGGAGACGGAGCUGCUGGUGGUGGACCGGGAGGACUUCUUUAACCACCAGCUGGACCAGGAGCUGCACCGCGAGUUUCAGAGGAGAUACAGCUUCUUCAGGAGCUCACUGGCAACUCUGGCAGACCACUGCAAAGCAGAGGAGUUCAACCAUGGCCAGGUGAUCCUGAGAGACAGCAGUGAGACCAAGAACAUCGUCUUCAUCACUAAGGGGCGCUGUGAUGUGCUGCGAUUGGUGGAUCUUAGUGAGUGCCCAUCCUAUCACAGGUGGAUUAAACACCAGGAGGCGCUACUGGGGAAAUCACUGCGUUCCAGCCUGACAGAGAGGAAGGGGGUCAAUUCUAGACCUCAGGCCUUAGCUGCCAACAAGCAUGGUUUUACUCACCAGCACCGGCCUUCACUUGCUCAGGGGACUUCCGUACUGGAGUCCCAAGCCUCUGGAGACAGGAUCCUGGGUGAACGGCUCUGCAGUCCUCGAUUCAUCUGCAGCUCCUCUGAUUGUGACAGGGAGACAGCAGCUGCACUGGGGCCAGGGCUUGGGUCUGUAAGGGGUAUGUCCCAGCUGGAGGAGCUGGCUCUGAGGAGGGGGCUGAGUAAAGCCAGUCUCUGCUGCCCAGAGGGAGAGCUGCCCAGUGACAUGGUGGCGGCGGUCUACCUGCGGAUCGACGCACUGAGAUCCAGACAGCACUUUAGGGCAGUAGACAUUCAGUACGUCGAAAGCUGUCUGGGAAAGGAUGGCAGACUUCCACCGCAGCAGGUACAAAAUGUAUGGGCCAAGCCUUCCCCCUGCAGGGACCCCCGGGCCAUGGUCCUCGUCAGCCAGGGGUGCGAGGUGAUCCGCGUGAAGCUGGACAAGUUCAGUGAGAUGGUGGAUCGUGAGACACUGGAGAAACUGAAGAGAGGGAGCCACAGCUAUCCCAGUGAUGACGAGCUGGGCCUGGUCUUCCUGGAGCAGAACCGCUGGAGGGUGUUCAAGGGGGAGCUACUGAGCAGGGUGCAGGGAGGAGGGUGUCUGGACAGCCCCUGUAAAGGCAGGAGGGGAGGAGAGAGGAACAGCGAGUGGGACAUCAACCGCCUGGGACUGCUGCACCUCACCCAGAGUACCCAGCCGCAUGACAAGAUCUGGGCAGCCCCCUCCAGCCCUGUGGCUACAGUGAUGAAGCAGGAGAGGCAGGGAGAGGAGACAGCACCCCCUGGGAAGGAGGCCUUGCGACUGAUCCACUCCAUCGCCAUCCCCAAACCCUGGGGCAGCAGGAUUUACUAGCCAACAUCAUGGGGCAGACCAUUACAAUGGGAAAUGUGUGUAACAAAAGCACAGGUAGUAAACACAGUUAAGUCCAGUUUACAUUGAGAAUAAAAGUACUAGCAGAAUAGCACGAAGGGACAAAUGGGUGCAAUGACCAAGCCCAACAUGAAAGGGGAGCCCUGUACUGUAAUAUACAACAACAAUAAACCCCAAAGCCAGACUUCCAAAUGUAUAUUUAUAGGACAAUGUGUGGCACCGGAGGUGCAACUAAUUAAUCAAUCAUUAAUGAAUCAAUUAAUAAUUAACUAAAUAAAUAAAUAAAAUGUACCCAAACACAUUAUAUGUACUGGCAAGAACCUGGCUGGUUGACACCUAAGCAAUAUUAAACAUUCAAGGUGAAGAAAAUUUGGAGCAUUGUAUUAUAGAUUCAAUUAACACAAUGUCAGUGAUAUUGGGCAUGUGCCAACUGCAGAAAAGCAUUCAAUAGCUCCUGCACGGACAUGGAUUUCUAUUGUGUGAAACUUGUAAAUCAAACAUUAAAUCAUAUGUGCGUCAAAAUGGUGGUGAAAUCAAUAUUGUAUGCAUUAAUUCAGCAGUGUGGAGUAGUGGUUAGGGCUCUGGACUCGUGACCGGAGGGUUGUGGGUUCAAUCCCCAGUGGGGGACACUGCUGUUGUACCCUUGAGCAAGGUACUUUACCUAGAUUGCUCCAGUAAAAACCCAACUGUAUAAAUGGGGAAUUGUAUGUAAAAUAAUGUGAUAUCUGUAUAAUGUGAAAUAAUGUAUAAUGUGAUGUCUUGUAACAAUUGUAAGUCGCCCUGGAUAAGGGCGUCUGCUAAGAAAUUAAUAAUAAUAAUAAUAAUUAAUUCAGCUAUUCAAA